AUGGCCAUGGACAACACAGAUGAGUGGGGGAUGUGGCCGGAGACUUCGGACCCGGAAUGGAAGAUCCUCGCGGCGAUGAUCCAGGACGUAGCCCAGGAUUAUCCCGAGACUGGUAUAGAUGACACUGUUCUAUUUGACAGCGGUAUUCCAGAUGGUGCUUCUCAUGCCUCCUACGCUCCAACGACUCCGUUCCACGAUGCCGCGGCGCCUGUGGAUUGGAGUGGGAUGUCCGCAUCCAAGAAUGUMGCUGGCGGUGGCCCACCGGUGAGACCAACAAUCUACACACAGCAGCCAGCACAGUCGUCAAGCCAAAAUGGAGGAUGCGACUAUAUGCAAAACCCAAUCCUGACAAUCUCGCCUGCGGGGUUUGAAAGUGAAGGCAAGAUCAUCGUCACCCCUCCGCAAGACUAUUGCGCGAUGUUUGACACAUUUGGGGACCCCACUCAACUCAAGACUCCCUCUCUAAGUUCCGGGACGACGUACGGGACCACACAGCAAGGCUAUGGUAACAGUGUGGCCCCUUUUAGCGAACAAGACCUCUCAUGGAUAGCAUUCCCUCAAUCAACCUCGGCCAACAUCUCAUCAACUCUCGACCCCAAUGCACAGUAUCGAGCAUCGACAGGCUCCAAACGCCCAUCAAUCGAUCUCGGCGACGAAGACGGACGACCCAAGCGCGCCAGAAGCAUCAAAAACGGCUACGAAUGCGAACAUCCCACGUGCAACAAACGCUACAACCGAGCGUGCGACGCGACCAAACACUUUAAAAACGUGCACGCCAACAAAGCACACAAGUGUGAAAUUUGCGGCAGUCGCCAUCCCUACCCGAAAGAUGUGCGCAGGCACAUGAAACAAGUCCACGACAUCAACAGUCCUGCCGUCGAUGGUGAGCAGCAGGUCAAACCUCAACGACGCUUCACCUCUCUCAAGAGCGUCGCUUCCAUGCUCGCCAAAUUGCACAUCUGGCAUACCGACCCCGUCGAGGAAGAAAAGCCCGAAGACUUCAUCCUCGUCACCCAAGAUCAUCGAGAUUAUCGCAAAAUCUAUCUCGAUGGGGUGGAGAGUUCCGAGGCGAUGAUGCAGAAGAUUGGAGAUGCGUUUGGGAUGCAUCAUACGGAUGACGCGCUUUUGAGACGGUAUGUGAGUGGAGGGAGAUUGGGGAAAUGUUUGGGUGGGGCGCAACUCAUGAGUGCGGUGGAGAAUGCUGUGGCUGCGAGGAAGACUUUGCAGCUGUUCUUUACGCCGAGGGAUGAUUUUCGGGAGGGRGUUUGA